CUUGUACGUAGGUCUAUGUCAUUUCAUAUUUAAGAGAACAAAAAUUAAUCAUCAUUUUCAAAAGAUUUAUAUACAUAAAGUGUUUCAAAAUCUAAAACAGAGCUAGAUAUAUAAUUUUCUUUUCUUUUUCAAAUAAAAAAAAUCCCUAAAACCUGCGACCGUGUUGGUAUUUGUUAACGGAGAGGAUGGUAAGGGAAGGCGACGCAGUAACAUCGAACGGCAUGAACGACGACGACUACACUACCAAUAUUCCCAGUUGCAGUGGUUCUGAUAAAAAUCGUAACGGAGACGGUAACGGUAAUCUCAACCAGAUCAGUCAAGUAUGGGGAACGUGGGAGGAGCUUCUGUUAACAUGCGCCGUUAAACGCCACGGUUCCAAAGAUUGGGACUCCGUCGCUAAGGAGGUUGUUUCCCGGAGCUCUCUCAACGCCUCCGCUCCGAGUUGCAGGCUCAAGUAUCAAGAUCUCAAGCGUCGGUUCCAAGAUUCCGUCGACGACGACGACGACGGACGAGGAAACAACGGAGCUGUGGCGGAGGAUAUAGACGGCGAAAUCCCUUGGCUCGAGCAGUUACGGAGUCUACGCAUGGCGGAGCUCCGGCGAGAUGUUCAGCGAUGCGAUGAGUCGAUACUGUCGCUUCAGUUAAAAGUUAAGAAACUAGAGGAGGAGGAGAAAGACGGAGACGAUAAGCCAGAUCUGGAAGACGACUCCAAGACAGUUAGAUCGCUGCCGUCGAUGAACGAGUCCAACUCCACGGCCUCCGCCGAUCACGAGCGAUUAGUCGGUGAUAAAACGGUCGAGAAUUCGAGUAAUCCACAUCCCGAUCAUAAGGCGGCGGCGGCGGCUGUGGAGGAGGAAGAAGGAACGGUUAGUAGAAGAUCGGGGAUGAGUCACUCCGGCGAGUUGGGCGAGUCGGGAACGUCGACUGUUAAUCGGAAGAGGAAAGGCAAUAUCUACGGUGGAAGCGGCGGUAAUAUUAAACCGGACGGGAAUCAAUCACAGCCGUUGAUGGAGAUCGUUAAACUGAUCCGGUCUCAUCCGCGCGGAUCCGUGUUCGAAACCCUGCUUAAGAGCCAGGAGACUAACGAUUACAAGAGAGUGAUAAGGCAGCAUAUGGACAUCAAAACAAUAGAGAAGAAGAUGGAGAAAGGAUCAUAUGUUUCUUCGAGUCUUUCUUUUUACAGAGAACUCAAGCUUCUCUUCACAAACGCCAUUGUUUUCUUUCCUACAUCUUCCGCAGAGUCCGUGGCUGCACACGAGCUAAGAACCCUCGUCUCCAACGAGAUGAAGAAAACUACUGGAAUAUCGAGUCAUCGUGUCAUCAAAUCAGAGGGUGGAUCUUUAAUCUCUAAACAGAAAUCUUCUGCUCCACCUCUUGUUGCGUGUAAGAAGAAAACGUUACCUUCUUCUUCAAGCUUUAAACAAAAAGAUGAGAAGAAAGUUUCGGAGGAGAAGGAUGUGACUACAACUACUACAAGAAGCUCGAGGAGAGCGAGCAAAGGUGUGAAAGUUGUUGCCAAGGAUACCAAAAUGGGAAGAGCCAAAAACAAUAACAAGAAACAAACAGAUUCAUCAGAUGAUGAUGCUGAUGAGAAGGAAGAGACUCCUAAGAUAGAGAAGAAGAGAGCUUCAGAGAAGAAGAAGAGUGUUGCUGAGUUCUUGAAGAGAAUCAAAAAUAACUCACCACAGAAAGGAAAUGAAACAACGAGUAAAGAUCAGAAGAAGAGUGAUGGAAACGUCAAGAACGGUAAAGCAAAACCUAGGGAGCUGAGGAGUAACAGCACGGGUAAAAAGAAGGCUGAGGCAGAGAACAAUGGUAAUAAGAGCUCAUCGAAACGAAAACAAUCGAAAAAAGAAGCAGAGGAAGUGACUGCUGCAGCUACAAGAAAACGAGGUAGAGAAUCAGGCAAAGACAAUCAACAGCCAAAGAAAAGAAGCAGGGGAUAAGAACCGAUUCGCAAGUGGUUAGCUAUUGUACAUUUGAUAUGCCAGAUAUAUUCAUCAACCCUCUAAGCAUUAGUGUUUAGGAGUGAUUCAUAGAUCUUGUUAGGUAUAUGUUCUCAUAAAUUACCCGUUUUUGUUUAACCUAUGUUUUUCUUGUUAGAUGGUAUAUGGUUGUAAUUUGUAAAUCUUACAGACAUGUGUUUUUUCCUUGCCUUUGAUAGUUUAACAAAGAUUCGCAAAACCUGACACUAACUAAUGUCUUUGACGGG